UAUGUAAAAAGCAGUUUGUUUUCGUUGUAGAAGAGAAACAACAAGCGCGGCUUUGUGUUUACUUGUUUGCUGUUAUCUCUGUUUAUUUUUUGCCUUCAUAUCCUUUUUAAUAAUAUUUUCGCUGAUUGCCAUUCUGCUGGUUACAAAAUUUUCGAUUCGCUAACAACGCAAACAAAUAAAUCUGCGGGCAAAAUUUGUUUUUGUUUCUUUGGUUCUGAAUCUAAUCAAAGUAUCGAUGGGAAAAUCAGUGCUUGGUUUUGGAAGCAGCGAAAACAGUAUGAAUUUUCUAUCAAAUUGAACAUACGGUUAAAAAAACGAACUGAGUAACAACAACACAAGAAUUGAAAUAUUUGCUUUUAAAGAGGAGGGGAGUACCAAGAAAGUGAGUGUAUUUGAAGCUGCACCAAAUAUUUUUAAUAAAAGCUACAAAGAAAUACCAAUUUUUAAUUUUGGUGCGCCAGCAACAAAGCAAAGUGCGAAAGUUGGAAAAGUCGGCUGCACAACUCCAAAAAAAAGUAAAAAAGAAAUUGCUGUGGCAGCGACUCCUUGCUGAAACUUGGAGGCUGGUCGGUUGUUCGCGGCCAUUGUGGCAGCCAAAAAAAAAGGAAGACGAAGUCGAUUUGAUAUCAACGACGUCCCUGCUGCUGCUAUUAGCAUAGUCGCCGUGAAGUGUGUGUCAUUGAAAGCAAUAAAAUUAAAGACGCCAAACGAAACUAUUGAGUGGGUUAAUGCGGAGGUAGGUAAAGCGCUGAGGAGACGUUAAUCGGAGUUUCAAGUUGCGCAUAGCUGGAAAAGGUGCUAAAAGUGUCGUAGUGAAAUUAAUACAUAUAUUGGCUGCUGCAAACGUGUGAAGGGCAAAGCAAAAGUGGUGGUAGGAGCGAAAUUGUAUUAGUCACCAAGCAAGUCGUUGGGGAUAUACGCAAACAUACAGUGUACAAAGCUCUGGGUAUUUGCUGCUAAUCAAACAAAGAUUUUUCGCCAUUCACGAACAUCUCAAUAUUUCCACUGAUAUACCCGACAACCAAAACGGCUGUAUCUAAUUGCAACUGAGGAAGCAUCUUUUGUGGGCAGGAACUGAAAAGAGCGCAACGAGACACUUGCAAUAUUGUUAAUAUAUCAAUAUGGAGUCAGAUGAGGAUUCGUACGAGAUGGAGAAUGUCGAUUCUGGAAAUGUAUCGUCCGGCGACGAGGGCGAUGAAGAUUUCGGUAUGGAAGUCGAUAUACCCUCUUCACAUGAUCGUCAAAUGGAAACAGAGGAAUAUCAGUACGAAGUGCUCACCACAGAUGAAAUAGUACUGCAUCAGCGCGAAAUAAUCGACGAGGUUAACAAUGUACUCAAGCUACCGCCCACAAUAAUCCGCAUACUGCUGAAUCAUUACAAAUGGGACAAGGAAAAGUUGCUAGAGAAAUACUUUGAUGGUAAUACGGAGGAGUUUUUCAAGGGCGCACAUGUCAUCAAUCCAUUCAACAAAUCCACCAAUCCAAGUCGACUCAAGGGUGAACGCACAGUUUAUGUGUGUAAGCAGAGAAAUAACAAAAAGCUUUUUCUUCAGAUGAUCAAAAAUCCUGUAGAGGAAUGUGAAAUUUGCUUCUCAUUGCUGUCACCAGAUAGUAUGACCGGUCUGGAGUGUGGCCAUCGCUUUUGUUUGGCCUGUUGGCGUGAGUAUUUAACCACAAAGAUCGUCACCGAAGGUCUCGGUCAAUCCAUCUCGUGUGCCGCGCAUGGCUGUGAUAUUUUAGUUGACGACGUUACUGUCACUAAACUAGUAGAUCCGCGUGUCAAAGUGAAAUACCAACAAUUGAUCACAAACAGUUUUGUCGAAUGCAAUCAACUAUUGCGCUGGUGUCCGUCCGUUGACUGUACGUACGCAAUCAAAGUGUCGUAUGGCGAUUCGCGUCCGGUAGGUUGCAAAUGUGGGCAUGUCUUUUGUUUUGCAUGCGGCGAGAAUUGGCACGAUCCAGUCAAGUGUUGUUGGCUGAAAAAGUGGAUUAAGAAAUGCGACGAUGACUCGGAGACAUCUAAUUGGAUCGCGGCUAAUACCAAAGAAUGUCCCAAGUGCAAUGUGACGAUCGAAAAGGAUGGCGGCUGCAAUCACAUGGUGUGCAAGAAUCAAAACUGCAAACACGAUUUCUGUUGGGUAUGCUUGGGGUCAUGGGAGCCACACGGUUCGUCGUGGUACAAUUGCAAUCGCUACGAUGAGGACGAAGCAAAGGCGGCGCGUGAUGCACAGGAGAAGCUGCGCUCCUCCUUGGCAAGGUACUUGCAUUACUACAAUCGUUAUAUGAAUCACAUGCAAUCGUUGAAAUUUGAAAAUAAACUAUAUGCGGCAGUCAAGCAUAAAAUGGAGGAGAUGCAACAACACAACAUGUCUUGGAUCGAAGUGCAAUUCUUGAAAAAGGCUGUAGAUAUACUCUGUCAGUGCCGCCAAACACUCAUGUACACAUACGUGUUUGCCUACUAUCUGAAGAAGAAUAAUCAGUCAAUGAUCUUUGAGGAUAAUCAAAAGGAUUUGGAAUCAGCAACAGAGAAACUAUCUGAGUACUUGGAACGUGAUAUAACGUCAGAGAAUUUGGCUGAUAUUAAACAAAAAGUACAGGAUAAGUAUAGGUAUUGCGAGAAGCGUCGGAAGGUGCUUUUGGAUCAUGUACAUGAAGGCUACGAGAAGGACUGGUGGGAGUAUACAGAAUGACGCGAAUCCUGGAUGGAUGAUUAAACAGCACCAACAACAAAUUAUUUUCAUUAAAUAAGCAACAGAAAACAGAGCAGGGAAGGAGAGAAAGCAGCAAGCGGAAAACGAUCAGUUAAGAAAUCAGUCUGUGUUUGUCAAAUAAAAAUACAAGCAAAAUCAACAAUAACAAACGAACCAAAAAUAUGUAAAAAAAGCGCAAUCAAAUUAAGCAGAGUAAGGUCAGAUGUGGAACUAAACGGGGAGGAGAAGUGGAGAUGAAGCGCAGAGGGCGAAAGGUAUCGAGGCGUGGCAAACACCAGUCAGAGAAAGAAGUGGGGCAAGCAACGAAGACUAAGUUGCAAAUUUAUUAUAAAAUUUCCUCAAAUAAAGAAGAGAAAAUAAACAAAAUACAAGAAAUACCAACAUUUCAAGGACACACAAAAGCAAUGGCAUAUACUAUAUAUAUGUAGAUAUAAUAUAUAUAAAUAUGCAUAUGUGAAUUACAAACAUGCAGCUGCAGCGCAAGGGGCGAUUCGUUGGCCAAAGGUUUGAAACCCACUUAAAUGAGUCUACAUUCAGCUGGACACAAAUGCGUCAGAGAGCGCGUUGCCUUUUCUGGCAGUUUAGGCCUUUUUAUAGUAUGUGCAGCAAAGCUUUAUCAACUUUAGCAAUCCUUUGAAAUGCCUGCGCAGCCAAUAAGUGGUUGUGCCGAGUUACACCAGUCUCCAGCGCUUACACCCAAACACAUACUUACACGUUUGCGGGAACAUGCUUGAACUCUACUCUGUUCUACUCCGCUCUGUUCCACUUCGCCCUAAUCUACUUGGCCGAAUGACACACACACACAUACAUAGGCGCGCGCCCGCCCUUGGUUUGGUUUCUUUGGUAUUUCCAAGCAUUUUUGAUUGCCAAUUAAUUCGUCAUUGCUUGCUGUUUUCAUCGUAUCUCUACUUGAUUAGUUUUUAUUAAGCAAAUUAGCGUUAGAGUGGCGUUUUAAAUGAAACAACACUUAUGUAGUUAUGUAAAGCAAAGCAAAACAAAAAGAGAAAUAAAUAAAAAGCGACAGAAACUCAA